UUAGCGCCAUGUCGUAUAAAGUUUCAGCGGGAGUUUAUCGGUUAGGAUAAAUAAUUGUUUAUUUGUGAAUUAUUUUAAUAUCUUGAAAAGUUUAUUUGUGCAGAAAGCAAUGUAUUUUCUUUCAACAGGAAAUCUUCCACCGUUUAUUCGACACUACAUGGGUAUUGUAGCUGGAGCGUUUCCAAGGAGGAUCGGCCAUCCUUACCAAAAUAGGACGCCGCCGAAGAGAAAGAAGCCGAGGACAAGCUUCACCAGGUUGCAGAUCGCCGAACUGGAGAAACGUUUUCACAAACAGAAGUAUCUGGCGUCGGCCGAACGGGCAGCCUUGGCUAAAACUUUGAAAAUGACGGAUGCGCAAGUGAAAACCUGGUUUCAGAACAGGCGGACAAAGUGGAGGAGGCAAACGGCGGAAGAAAGGGAGGCCGAGAGGCAGGCGGCGAAUCGGUUGAUGCUGUCCCUUCAAGCCGAGGCGCUUGGAAAAGUGGCUUAUCCCGCAACAGUGCCGAACCAUCCAGCGGGAACCACCGUUCCCAGUUUAGACAGACAACAAGCACCCACUGCUCUGACCCAUCCUGUGGGUCAGUGGGCCUCGCCGUACGGCCCACCACAACCUCUAGCCGAACCGAUUUGUUGAACCAGGAUAAUCGACGCGGAUUCAAAGACUCUUGCCGAGUGAAACUUGUUACGUAUCAGUCGUGUCACAUUUCUACGAUAGAAUAGUUGUACGUUUUCUAGAACCGGUGCGACUCUUGUCGUUGCAGUCUCGUUGCCGUGGUGCAGUGCUUCGAACGAUCGUAGAUUCGAACAACGUGCUUCCCCGCGUUAUUUCCUCGAUAUUUCCAAAGAACAACCACUGACCAUGGCUGGAUACGCGAAGAGAAACUUGUUCUUGUAAAGGGCGGAUCGAACGCUGUUGGGAUAUCAGGAAACGUUACGCGGCGAAUUAUCGCUCUUCGAAAGAGGAGACGAUUUUUCAAAAAGACAACGCUGAAGCACAGGGGAGCGGUUUCAAGAUUUCGCAAUAGAAUCGAAUUACCAUGGCCAGCAUUCGCGAUCGGAAUCCGAUCGAAAACCUGUGGGGAGUUCUAGGAAGAAAACUUCACGAUCAACAGGAGUCGCCGAUAGAAUACGUCAGCGAGCUUGGAAAGAGAAGUAAAAUCAGCGUAGGCGAAUACUCGAGGCGAAACUUGCGAUAAAUUAGCGGAUGGUGUACCUAAAGGGUUAAUUAGUAGCAAUCAAAAGUAAAGAAAAAUCCAUUGAAUGGGAACGUAAUGAAAUUAGCAAUGAGUUUAUAUCUUUUCACAGGCGAAGACACAAGUUUUGUACAUUCAGUUUCGCUUUGCAUCGUAACAUGAAACUAUAUCAACGAUUUUCUUUCAAUACGAUGAAAAAUCUAAAAAUAGGCUCCAGUUUAUAAUUAUUCAUGGCACCGUGUGUCUGUCCUCGUUUCCCCCGCAGAGAUACGAAGACGGAGUACGCGAGUCAUGUGUUAACCGUGCAAGCGAAUGCGAUGUGAGAAUAGAAAGAGAACGCUACGUACAGGCCUUUUCUGUUCUUGUCUAAUCAGACAUGCAUCAGACCGCUCGUUGAUCGGUGUUACACUUACAUAUUUACUGUACAAAUAUGCAUGCUUUAUAGACCUCUUAGACAAGGAACGAGCAGCCUCUAUGCAGCGUUCACACACCCUAUCUUCGCAUCUCUGUUAUGUUUUGCCAAUUAUGUUGGAUGAUACACAAGGAAUAACAGAAUAACAAGACAGACAUCACAGCGAGAUGGCAACGACAAAAGUCGCGCAUCUGCAACCGGGCCUUACUGCGAAAAUAGCAGUCGUUCACACUCGAAAACGUUGACAGAAAGAGGUCUGGAAUAGCUUACUCAAUUCGUAUUUUUAUCUUCAUCUCCUUCCAAUUUUCUUUAGACGUGUUUGAAACUUGUAGUGAGAUUUGCUGUUAAAUUUGAUUUAGUGCGUUUUCGAUGGGAAUGAUCGAGCGAGUAGCUUUUACUUAAUUUCGAAGGAAGAUUUGUUGUUAAAUGAUAGUAUUCGAUGUGAGGGAAAGAUGGAAACUUGAAAUGUAAUUAUAGUUGAUAACGUGGAAAUAUAUAUCGCGAAUGUCGUUGGAUAUUACUUGCCCUUUUUCGUUCGAUCUCUGCAUCCGCAAGUUUAAACGUCCUUUUAUACACAACGUUCCUUCAGUCGACGAAUUAUGAAAACCAUACAGAGAUUAUUAUUUUUCAUUUAUUUUCAUAUCAAAGCUCGCGAUAUUUUUUGAAACGUCACAGUGACGUUCAACGUGCUCCAAUUUGAGAAUGCAUAGAAAGAAUCGACAAACGCAACGAGCAAUUUCCAAGCGAAUCUCUGAAAUCUCAGGAAUAUGUUUCACCUUAUUUAUAUCGACCUGUAUCAAAUAUGAACGAUAAAAUGGCAAGGCGAAUCGUCACUGUAAUUCCAUCAAUCUCGAGUUUAACACGCGACAAUUUCUUCUCUAUUACGAAUCUAUUAGUCGUAUAAAUAAACGCGCACUCACACGUGUAACGUGAAUUUAAAAAAUUGUCCAAAACGACAACUAAUCGCAGCGCGCUAAUUUGACGUGGCAUUAUUGACAGAGAAAAGAAGUCACAGAGAUCGAACGAAAAAGAGCAUCAGAGGCCAGCAGUCGUCUUAAUUGCGCUAUUUCUAGGUAGUAUCAACGUCUUACCGUCACGACGGCCAAUUUUAUCGACGUACUUAAUUAACGAACCGAGGGGACUGAUAGGGAGCUAAAAAAGAAACUUAAAUAAUUACGGAUUGCUCUCGUUUUUUCGCCAUCGCCACCCCUGUGAGCUCGCUCCGCAGAAAUUUACCCUCGUCAAACAGACACGAUACGCAGGGACACCGAAAGAAAGUAGAAACAUAGAAAGGAGAAGAGAACAGGCGAAGAGUGAGAUCCGGACAGCUUCCGAAGUUUGCGAAAUUCUUCGAUAGGCGAUGGAAUUAACCCUUUCGACGACGGCUGAUGGCGAUCUUCUGGAGCACGUCCACUCUUUUUAAUCCCUUUUAGGACCAGAUUUUUUAUCUUGUUUUUAUCUUUUAUAACAUAAAAAUAGUACAGUCAUCGGAUAUCAACAAUUAGAUCAUCGUCACCUGCUAACUACCGAUUCGCAUUUUGCGCUGUGCGUACGCAUUUUUAAAAAUUUCAUAAUUCGAAAAUUGCAACUAUCAUAGAAGGAGGCCGUUUAACGAAUAUCAGCUUAGUCUUUUACCUUCGUUUAACAUCUUUUCCGUAGAGUAUACAUCUCGUCCGAGUCGUUCCGCUUGCGAAGAGAUUUCGUACACCGUACGAUGUCCUGUUCCUCAAUGUCAAACAACUUUUGUAACCGCAUUCGAUUGAAAUUAAAGGCGAAAAAGAAAUUGAAAGGUAGGAUAUUAAAGAGAGAAGAAAACGAUCUCGUCAUUAAAAGAGUUAAAACUAUAUUAUCCAAGAAUUUCGUCUUACCGAUACUUUAACGCAGCAAUAAUCGAAGGCGUCGCAAAACACGAUUUAUGUAUACAAUGCAAUAUCAUUGACCGGAAGCCUCCUCCUCGGUGCAUCUUUCGAAUGACGCAGCUUAAUUGAAAGAUCCGCACGACAUAUCUGUGUAUAUAUUAGCGCGAUAGUUUGUAAUUAAAAACAUUACGAUGUAUGUACGAUAUUAAUCCGUUUCUGCGAUCGACUUGGCGACAGCGUUUUGUUUCGAACAUUAGACGUGCACACAUGCACUUACACAUCAUACAAAUACAGAGAGAAGAUAUUAGAUAUUAGGUGUACGAGAGAAUUUUAUGCUUUUACGAAGAGAACUGUCCUUUUGAUUUUUCGUUGAUGACAAUCUUAAUAUCGUUCUUUCCACGUUUCCAUCCAAUGAAUUUUUUUAUUUCUGUAUCACAAACUUUGCGCGGUCUUUGUUUUGACAAAUUUUCGUUAUUCCUUGUACCGAUCUGGUCAAGUACGAAAGAAAUUAGUUCAGUAGCUUCAAUAGCGUUUAUGUGGAACAAAAAGAGAAUAUAUUAUUGAAUGUACGAUUUAUUCCAUAGAAAUAAGGGAAAAGGAAGAAACAGCAACCGUGGAAAGAACUUUAUUAAGAAAAUCAAUUUUUAAUACUUUAAUCCGGCAGUAAGGGAACAAAGCUGAAUGAGUUUAGGCGUAUUGUUUAUAACAUUGAGUUUAGAAUUUAUACUUCGAUUAGGUGUUAGGAAAAUUAGCUACGCGCUAUAGAUACGAACGUUCCUCGCAUUUCUUUUCCCUCGUUAUCUUUCAACCGAAGUUUCAUCCUCGGCCUUGCUUCCAUUCCAAGCUACACGGAAAAUUCUCAACGACAUUCCAUUUUUUAAUGAUUCGAAUUACCGAGGAACGUGUCGUUCUGUCUCGAGCCGAGACAAUCCUACAAAUUGUGAAACUAGAAGAGCGAAAAAAUUCUUUCUUACAUCUAAUGCACAAAUUACCAUGUACGUGUAUGUAAAGAUCACAUGGGAAAACUAUAGGUCACAUUUUCUAUUUUUUUAUAGAGAACGAUAUACAGAGAACGGUAUCGAGAAGUUCCAAAAAUAUUUAUUUCCAUAACACAGCCACGUUGUUGAUUUUUUACCUUUCAUAAAUCCUGUUUUUCCACCUAUUUCUACCAAUUUCUGGAAGAUACGUAUCCGUCAAACUAGCUGACCAUCAUCUUCUUCGACCGCGUCGUCUUAAAAUUCUCUCCUUUCAGUCAUCAAACAGCAUAAACGUGGAAAAAAAAUCAACAAAGAAUGGACUUAUCACAUUUUUCUCGUGUGACCGCUUUAUCCUACAACUGUGCAACUAUACAAACACAUACACCUUGUACAAUAUUAUUUUCUUAGGAAUACAAAAAAUCAUAAAGAGUAAUUAAGAAUGUACUAUCGCGAAAAGAUAUUGUAAGUUAUAAAUAAAUAUAUAUAUAUAUGUAUAUAUGAUAUAUACAUAUAUAUCAUAUAUAUUAUAUCUAUAUAUAUAUAUAUAUACAUCGCUACCACUAAGGUUCGUCGUCGAAAUAGAGCGUGUAAGCCGUCUAAUUAGGUACGUAAUAUUUAUGUUAAGAGCAACCGUAGAAUUAUCGAUCGUAGAGAACGAUGUGAUGUUAUAUAAGUACGUGUAACGUUGUAUAUAAUUGACAAAUAGAAGUAAUGCAUAUACAUAUACAUAUACAUAUACAUAUAUAUAUAUUAUACAUAAAAUGAUUGAACUGGUACGCGUAUACGUUGAUUGUACGAAACUUCACGAAAUCAUAAUAAGCGAACACAUGAUAGAAUAUUAAAAAAAUCCUUGGCUUAGUAAUUUAUUUGUUAAACAACCGACUCUUAACGUACGAUCGUUGAUGAUAUUACCGUCUAAUUUUUCGUUCUCCGUUAAAUCGUUCAACGCCGAUACCGAUUACGUACGUUUCAUUUUCGUAGGUAACACCAUGUUAAUGUAAGAUAAGAGAAAUAAUCAGCGAAACAACCACGAAUGAUCCGAAUAAAUCGUUCUUUUUCGCAAAAAGAUGAUCGUUUCUGUCCAUUUGGCACUUGGAUCUCUUCAGAUUUCUCCGCUUGAACGCAUCUCGUCCGGCCCGCGACACACGACUCAUGAUUUCUUCAACUCCUGGAUACAUUUUAUAAGGUAGACACUGUAUAUAUUUUUUCAAUUGUAUCGCACAGAAUAAAUUUAUAUGACCCAACGUGAACGAGCGAAUAGUUUUCUGCUACGACGAAUCAUUUGUAUGUAUGGAACCCGUUUCGUGAGAGGGACAAAGUCCUGCACGAUCACGAUGUUUGUUUCUCGUGAUCGAGGAACCCUAGGAUCGACGUUACGAAAGAACCGGAAGUUUCGCGUGUUACCAGGCGUCACGGAUUGCUCUCACAUUGUAACAUCUCUCACCCCUUUGCACGGUAAAACGGUGCAAUUUCGUUGUAAAUCGACCAUGAGAGGGACAAAGAGAGUGGCCACUAAAUGACAGAGUAGCAAACGCUCGUUGAAAGUCCGUUGGAAAACGAUUCCGUGAAAUUCAUUUUCUGCAGAAUUCGAACUGUCACUUACACGUGAAUCGCGGUUGUGUAUUUCUCAGAUCGAUUCGUUGGAUCAACGUUGGCUCUAUUUUUGUUCGGUUAUAAAACAUAUACGAUCUCCGUGUUUUUCUAUUUUUCUGUUUUACCGUUCCACUUCAAAUUACAGGUGCAGUUUGUCCGCUUCGUAUCCUGUCAAUGUUUGCCUAAAUUCGUCGAAGAAAAUAGUUACGUUUCGUUGUUACCUUUCACGGAUGAUGGUGUUUUCCAUCUAUCGUUUUUUAUAUACGCCAGAGAAGAAUUGCAUAGAGCUGAGUGAGCUCCAUUGAUCACGGAAAACUUAAUUACGAUCGAGCGCCAGUGAAAUAUAAAUCGAAUCAGGAAUCACGCUCGACAACAAAAAUAUUUCAGCUUUAAUCUGCGAUCGUUAAUGGAAUUAUAUAUCGCUCGAAGCUGUCACAUAAUGCUCAUCCGUUGCAAAUGAGUCGUAAUAAAGCUCAUUCGACAACGUUAAAUAGAUUUUCAUCCUUCUUAUAUUAAAUAUCUUCGAAAUUCGA